AUGCUCCUGGUUCCGGGCAAUUGGAAGCGCCGGUGGAUAGGUACCUGGUACCUUGCUGCGCUGCGGUGGGUUGGUGGCAGCCGAUGUCACCUGGACCCAAAAGUGGGCCUUAAACCCAACGGGAGGCUCGUUGCAACCGCCGUUGUCCACCGCCGGUUUGGGGCAAAUCAGCAGUCGAGACCGCCAGCAAAUUCUAGUCACGAUCCCAUCGUGAAUCCUCCCCCGCUUGUCCAUAAUCAUACCCCUCGCUCAUUUAUCAUUUCAUUUCCCCUAGAACGUCUCGAACCUCUCGGCAGUUUGUUCUGGACGCCACCACUUGACCGACCCUUCCUUUUCCCCCUCCCCUCCCCGUCUCGCCUCGGCAUCGAAACGGUCCUCAGUCCCGGAUUCCUCGCCCGAAAACGCCGUCCUUCCGGAUUCGCUCAACUUUGCAAUGCUAGUCGGGCUCUGCGUAGUCGUGUUCGAUUGUUGUUAACCCGUAAGGGGUCGGAGGUUUUUCCUUGCUCUCUUCCCCGGUCGCAUUGCCUGGAUCUUCCAGCACGGUCGUCCCGAGAGCGUCGGUUUCUCAAUUUCUGCGACGUUGGCUGCUGGGAGCUUCCCUCAUUGCUUCUUCCGCGCUCCCCGCAGACCAUGUUCCCGCAGUGCCAGGGCCCUCUCUGGGCCAUCGAUGACCUGUCCCACUGCUUCCAACGCAACAUUCUGCAAGUCGCUCUCCCGAUCGGCGCGUGCGCCUUAUCUCUGCUCCUGAUUACCUUGCGUCUCAUCUAUCGAUAUGUCACCUCCCGCAAAGGCGUUGCGUACAAGGUCCUCCCCGACGAUGCCUCCGACGAUGAGAACGUUCCAAUCGGUCGUGAAUCCGAAUCCGAUCCCAUGCUGUUCCAAGCCGUACAGAGUGAACAAUUGCACCUCGAAAUGGAUCGUCCACGAGGAGAGAUUACGAUUGUCACCAUCGAGAUCGUGGCGCUGAUUGCCCAGGUCGCGCUUUUCGUGGUCAUCUUGACGACCCAUGGCUGGGGUCGUCAUGGAACUCUGCCCGCGACAGCAGGCCUCAUCUCUUGGGGUUAUAUUCUAUUUCUGGUUUUGGUCCGACUGCUUCUGUCCACUAUGGAUCUGUUCUCCGCCCCCAGGCUUUGGACCCAUACGGCUCUGCUAUAUAGCGCCCAAUGGCUCUUCAACAUUAUGGUAUUCCGAUCUGCAAUCAUUCACCCGAUCUCGAGACAUGCGGUCAUCUUGAGCAGCGCCCAAUUUGCUCUCAGCACCUUACUCCUCUUGAUCGCCUUGACUACUCGUCGGGGCAACAAGACAGUUUUGGUAGAGCGCGAGGAUGGAUUGGAACCUCCGCGGCACCCCAUGGCCAGUCUGUUGUCGCUCGCAACCUUUGCCUGGCUUGACCCGCUCGUCAUGAAAGGCUAUCGACAGCCGCUGGAACUGGAGGAUGUGUGGAAUUUAACCCCAUCGCAGAAGGCCGCCGCGGUCCUGUCAGACUUUCGCAAACGGCAGAUGAAGGGCUCUUUGGCGUGGAAGUUACUUCGAUUCUUCGCGGGUACCCUUUUGAAACAAGGUGCUUGGACUGUCUUCGCCAACCUUUUCGUCUUUGUACCCAGCUUGCUUCUUAAGGCGAUCCUGGAAUAUGUCGAAGAUCCCCGCUCCACAACCCCCAAUGCCGCCUGGCUUUACGCAAUUCUCCUCUUCUGCUCCGCCAUUGUUCAAGGCGUUGCGGAUGGACAGGCCCUUUUCAUUGGUCGCAAAAUGGGUGUCAAGGUCCGGGCUAUCAUCAUCGGUGAGAUCUAUGCCAAAGCCCUCCGACGUAAAGCAGGUGCCGCGCCAGAUGCUGCUCGAAAAGCCGCCGAAGAGCCAGCCCCGGAUGGGAAAUCGAAAAAGAACAAGCUGCUCCGAACCCUCUCAUUUGGCCGAAAGAAGAAAACCAGUACCGGCACCGAUACCGAGUCUGGAAAGAAACCGGAAUCUGAUUUGGAUGAUGCUUCCACACAGGCUAAUGUCGGCACAAUUAUCAACUUGAUGGCCAUUGAUUCAUUCAAAGUCAGCGAGGUGGGAGCGUAUCUCCAUUUUCUGUGGGCCAGUGUUCCCGUGCAAAUCAUCAUGGCGGUCACCCUGUUGUAUAAGAUCAUGGGUUUCAGCUCCUUCGCUGGCAUUGCAAUCAUGGUCUUGAUGCUGCCGGUCAACCUCUUUAUCGCACGACAAUUCAACAAAGUCCAGAAUAUGAUUCUUAAGGGCACCGACGCUCGCAUUCACGCUACCAAUGAAGUGCUUCAGAACAUUCGCAUUAUUAAGUACUUUGCCUGGGAGCAGCGCUUCCAGGAUAUUGUCAAUGAGAAGCGCAAAGCGGAACUCAAGUCUUUGCGUCGCCGCUAUAUCCUUUGGUCCUGCGCUGCUACGGUCUGGUAUGGAACGCCGAUCCUGAUCACGUUCCUAUCGUUCUUCCUGUACACUGUUGUCGAGAAGAAGCAGCUGACCCCAUCGAUCGCUUUCCCUGCGUUGUCGAUGUUCUCUCUUUUGCGUGUGCCUUUGGAUCAACUUGCUGAUAUGGUUGCACACGUUCAAGAAUCCCAAGUUUCAUUGGGCCGAGUUGAUAAGUACUUGAAUGAGGAGGAGACUGGGAAAUAUGAUCAACUCCGGGAAAGCAGCAUCGCCGACGGCCCAUCCAAGAUUGCCCUUGAGAAUGCCACACUUACUUGGGGCACUUCUGCACCUCAGGCCCAGGUCGCUUCCUCCUCCUCGGACAAUGCUACAGACGCAUUCCGUUUGAUUAAUGUUGACGUAAACUUCCCCAUUGGUCGUCUCAGUAUCAUUGCGGGACCCACGGGCUCUGGAAAGACUUCGCUUCUCAUGGCACUACUCGGUGAAAUGAGACUGGUAGAGGGCAGUGUUCACCUUCCUGGAGGCAUGACGAGCCGUGCGGAUCUUCCUGUUGACCCUGAGACUGGCUUGAUCGAUAGUGUUGCGUACUGUGCCCAAGAGGCCUGGUUGGUCAACGACACUGUUAAAGAUAAUAUCAUCUUUGCGUCCCCGUACAAUGAAAAGCGCUACCGUGCAGUGCUAAAGGCCUGUGCUCUUGAACGUGACAUUCAGAUUCUGGACGCUGGUGAUCAGACUCUCGUUGGGGAGAAAGGCAUCAGUUUGUCAGGUGGCCAGAAGCAGCGAAUUUCUUUGGCUCGUGCUGUGUAUAGCAGUGCUCGCCAUCUACUUCUCGACGAUUGUCUCUCUGCUGUCGACUCGCACACUGCCAAGCACAUCUUCCGCCAAGCUCUCACUGGCCCGCUGAUGUUGAACCGUUCCUGUGUAUUAGUUACCCAUAAUGUGGCCCUUACCGUACCCCAGGCGGACCAUGUCGUGGUUCUGGAGAACGGAAAGGUUACCGCCCAGGGCCGCCCUGAUGAUGUUGCCUCGACUGGUGCCUUGGGCGAUGAAUUCUUCAAAUCCCGCCCCGGUUCCCGAGCCAGUUCGCGUGGCCUAUCUCGUCGCGCCUCGGAAGGCGAAGAAGAGGCAACAGAUGAGAAUUCUGCCUCCGCCAAUGGAACAGCAAACGGGAAUAUUAGCAAGGCCCAGAAAGAUGAGAAGUCACGAUUGAAAGAGAGUAAAACCACUGGCAGCAUCAAAUUGUCGACAAUCAUGAUGUACCUCGGUUCCAUGGGUUCCUGGUACUAUUGGGUCGUCGCUGUGUCCGUGUUCUGCAUGCAGCAACUCGGUUCCGUGUCCACCAAUAUUUGGAUCCGCCAGUGGGCCAAUGCCUACCAAACUGCCAAUGUUGGUGUCGAGGGUGACGUCGGUAGUUACGCUGCUGCUGCUCAUUUGAAGCUGCCGACUUUUAACGUUGGAAGCGUUUCAAAGGUGAGCACCUGGGCUCCACCCCAGCUUACCUCCCGCUCGGUGGGUAUAACUGCAGAGUCCAAUGGAGAAGUCAACGUUGGGUAUUACUUGGGUGUUUAUGCGCUUCUGGGUGUCCUUUAUAUUUCAAUUUCGCUCUCUCGAGAGGCCGUCCUCUUCUGGGGCUCGCUUCAUGCGUCCUGGAAGAUCCAUGAUCGUCUUCUGAAAACGGUGAUGCACGCCAAAUUCCGCUUCUUUGACUCGACUCCUCUUGGUCAACUCAUGAACCGUUUCUCCAAGGAUGUUGAAUCUGUUGACCAAGAAGUUGCGCCCGUGGCGAUUGGCAUGCUCCACAGCUUGGCCUCGGUUAUCAUGAUUGUCAUCCUCAUCUCCGCCAUCACCCCUGGUUUCCUGAUUGCCGGCGUUUUCAUUACCUUAGUGUAUACUGCUCUCGGUGCCAUCUACCUCAACUCCUCUCGAGACCUGAAGCGAUUGGAAUCUGUUCAGCGCAGCCCGUUGUACCAGCAGUUUGGUGAGACUCUUAAUGGUAUUGUCACCAUUCGUGCAUAUGGCGAUGGUCCACGGUUUAUCGUUGAUAACCACCGCCGCAUCAAUGCCUAUAACCGGCCUCAUAUUUAUCUGUGGGCUAGUAACCGCUGGCUUGCUCUUCGUGUCGAUUGGACUGGUGCUUUGGUUUCUUUUUUCUCCGCCACAUUUGUUUUGAUCAAUGUCGGCAAGAUUGACGCUGGUGCUGCUGGUCUGUCUCUCACAUAUGCGGUUACCUUUACGGAGAAUGUUCUUUGGCUUGUCCGCCUCUACUCGGAGGUUCAACAGAAUAUGAAUUCUGUUGAGAGAGUUAGGGAGUACCUCGAAGUUGACCAAGAGGCUGCCCCUGUUAUCCCUGAGUCACGCCCUGAGCCCAACUGGCCUAGUCAGGGUGCGUUGGAGUUUAACGGGUACACCACUCGAUAUAGGCCAGACCUCGAUCCUGUGCUGAAAGAGGUUUCGUUCUCUGUGAAACCCGGUGAGAAGGUUGGUAUCGUUGGUCGCACUGGUGCGGGCAAGAGUUCUCUUGCAUUGGCUCUGUUCCGCGGUCUGGAGGCCGAAAAUGGCGAGAUCGUGAUCGACGGAGUUAACAUUGGUUCUAUCGGGCUUCGAGAUCUGCGUGAAGCGAUCACGAUCGUCCCUCAAGAUCCCACUUUGUUCACUGGCACUAUUCGCAGCAAUCUCGAUCCUUUCGGUCUGUUCAAGGACGAAGAGAUCUUCACUGCUCUUCGCCGCGUGCAUUUGAUCGGGUCCGAAACUUCUGGUACUACAACCCCGAUGACAACAAGCACGUUUACCGCCAAUGAGGCCAACGGCAUGAAUGGCAGUGUCGUCAGCAUCGUAGACAACAAAAACAUCUUCCACAACCUCGACAGCCCAGUCUCCGAGUCCGGCUCAAAUCUGUCUCAGGGUCAAAGGCAACUUUUGUGUCUCGCCCGCGCUCUACUUAAGAAACCUCGUGUGUUGAUGAUGGACGAAGCCACCGCAUCAAUUGAUUAUGCCACCGACGCCAAAAUCCAGGAAACCCUGCGCGAGCUUCAUGACAGCACAAUCAUCACCAUCGCCCAUCGUCUGCAAACAAUCAUCGACUACGAUAAGGUCCUUGUCCUCGAUCAUGGCCGCGUCAUCGAAUAUGACCACCCUUGGACCCUGAUCAAUAAGGAGGAAGGCCUGUUCCGUAGCAUGUGUGACAACAGCGGGAACAUGGAUGUCCUUUUGGAUGGUGCGAAGCGUGCCUGGGCUCAAAAGCGCCUUGUUGACGACUCCUAG